UCAUAAUUUGUACAAAUGUUAGAUAAGCAGAUGGUAAUAAAAAGGGCGGAGGCCACGCAAGGAUAUAAGAAGAGCUGCCCAUACAUAUUUAAACCCCCUGAAUCUAAUUUCAGUGACUUAAUUGUUAUUCAAGCUGCAGAGAAGGUACCCAGAACACAAACAGAAAUGCAUUUCAGUGCUUCUGAUAAGCAAGACAUUGCCCACCUCUGGGAAAAGAUUUCUGCAAAUGUUGACCACCUUGGUGAAGAGGCCAUGGAGAGACUUUUCAAAUGCCACCCAAAAACGAAAACAUACUUCAGUCAUUUAAAUUUGGAUCAUGGAUCUGCUGCUGUCAGGGCUCAGGGAGUUAAAGUUCUUAACGCCAUUGGACAUGCAAGCAAAAAUCUGGACCAUCUGGGUGAAGCUUUGAGCAAACUGAGUGACCUGCAUGCCCAGGAAAUGAGGGUGGAUCCAGGAAACUUUCAUCUGCUCUGCCACAACAUCCUAGUGGUCCUGGCUAUCCAUUUCCCAGAUGAUUUUACUCCACAUGCUCAUGUUGCAUUUGACAAGUUCCUGGUUGCCGUCUCUGAGACUUUGUACUCCAAGUACAGAUAAUCAAUAAGUCUCUCUAUUAAUCAGUUUGAAUAAAUAAUUCUAUGACAACAAGUUGAAUUUUAACUAACAAUAAAGCAUGAAUUAAUAAAUCUAAAUAUACAUUUUUUUGUUCUA